CCCUUGUAAUUUGCUUUCUGCCGCAGGAGAGGAUCUGGGAAGUUUACUGGUAUAACCAUCCUUGUAUUUUUUCAAAGGUGCAAACUUGGAAUAGUUACUAUGAACAAAAGGACAAGAAGGAAUUCACCAUCUAAGGCAUUUUUAGUUCUCUGAGUGAUGGUAUUGCAAUGCACAAUUCCUUUUGAGAUAAUGGCAGAACAGAAGAUAUCCAUUUGUUUUUUCAUCUAUCAUCUUAUUAUACCUUGUUUUGUCUACUCCCUGGCAGUAGAGGAAGGAAACAAAGGUUAUGGACCUGUUUUUGAAGAGCAACCUAUUGAUACCAUCUAUCCAGAAGAAUCUUCAGAUGGACAAGUUUCAAUGAACUGCAGAGCUCGAGCAGUUCCUUUUCCUACUUACAGGUGGAAACUCAACAACUGGGAUAUUGAUUUAACAAAGGAGCGCUACAGUAUGGUGGGAGGCAGACUCAUUAUCAGUAAUCCAGAGAAAUCAAGGGAUGCUGGAAAAUACGUUUGUGUAGUGUCAAAUGAGUUUGGAACUGUCAGAAGCAGUGAAGCCACUCUGAGUUUUGGAUAUCUGGAUCCCUUUCCACCUGAGGAACGUUAUGAGGUUAAAGUGCGAGAAGGUGUUGGAGCAGUGCUUCUUUGUGAGCCUCCUUACCACUACCCAGAUGACCUCAGUUAUCGCUGGCUUCUAAAUGAGUUCCCAGUGUUCAUUGCUUUGGAUAAACGACGAUUUGUGUCACAGACGAAUGGCAAUCUCUACAUUGCAAAUGUGGAAGCAUCAGAUAAGGGCAAUUACUCAUGUUUUGUGUCCAGCCCUUCGAUAACAAAGAGUGUAUUCAGUAAAUUUAUUCCACUUAUUCCGCAAUCUGAUCGAGCAAAAGUAUAUCCUGCUGAUAUCAAGGUGAAGUUCAAGGACACGUAUGCUCUCCUGGGGCAAAAUGUGACACUGGAGUGUUUUGCUCUUGGAAAUCCGGUUCCUGAACUCAGAUGGAGUAAAUACCUUGAACCCUUGCCAGCCUCUGCUGAGAUAAGCAUGUCUGGUGCAGUUCUUAAAAUCUUCAAUAUUCAGUAUGAAGAUGAAGGACUUUAUGAGUGUGAAGCUGAAAACUAUAAAGGAAAAGAUAAACAUCAAGCAAGAGUUUAUGUACAAGCUGCUCCUGAGUGGGUAGAACAUAUCAAUGACACAGAAAGGGAUAUAGGCAGUGACCUGUACUGGCCUUGUGUAGCUACGGGCAAACCUAUUCCAUCAAUUAGGUGGCUGAAGAAUGGUGCCUCGUUCCGGAAAGGUGAACUAAGAAUGCAAAGUCUGACCUUUGACGAUGCCGGCAUGUACCAGUGCAUAGCAGAAAACAUGCACGGAAUUAUUUACGCAAAUGCUGAACUGAAGAUUGUGGCUUCACCUCCUACUUUUGAACUGAACCCUAUGAAGAAGAAAAUCCUAGCAGCUAAAGGAGGCCGUGUAAUCAUUGAAUGCAAGCCCAAAGCUGCUCCUAAGCCAAAAUUCUCCUGGAGCAAAGGAACAGAAUUGCUUGUAAAUGGGAGCCGCAUACGUAUCUGGGAUGAUGGGAGCCUGGAAAUUAUCAAUGUCACAAAGCUGGAUGAAGGUCGCUACACUUGUUUUGCAGAAAAUAACCGAGGAAAAGCCAAUAGUACUGGUGUUCUAGAAAUGACAGAAGCUACAAGGAUUACUUUAGCUCCAUUGAAUGUUGAUGUCACCGUUGGAGAGAAUGCUACCAUGCAAUGCAUUGCAUCCCAUGAUCCCACAUUAGACCUGACAUUUAUUUGGUCUCUAAAUGGCUUUGUAAUAGAUUUUGAGAAAGAACACGAACAUUAUGAACGGAAUGUUAUGAUUAAAUCCAAUGGUGAGCUGCUGAUUAAAAACGUUCAGCUGCGGCAUGCAGGGAGGUACAUGUGCACUGCUCAGACUAUUGUGGACAACUCCUCAGCUUCAGCUGACCUUGUGGUAAGAGGUCCUCCAGGCCCCCCUGGAGGUAUAAGAGUAGAAGAAAUUAGAGACACUGCUGUAGCACUUACCUGGAGUCGUGGAACAGACAAUCAUAGUCCUAUUUCUAAAUACACGAUCCAGUCAAAAACCUUUCUUUCUGAAGAGUGGAAAGAUGCCAAAACAGACCCAUCAGAUAUUGAAGGAAAUAUGGAAUCUGCUACAGUGAUUGAUUUAAUUCCAUGGAUGGAAUAUGAAUUCCGGAUAAUUGCAACAAACACUCUGGGGACAGGAGAACCUAGUAUGCCAUCACAGAGGAUUAGAACUGAAGGCGCUCCUCCUAAUGUGGCUCCUUCUGAUGUUGGAGGAGGGGGUGGAAGCAAUCGAGAACUGACAAUAACAUGGAUGCCUUUGUCAAGAGAAUACCACUAUGGCAAUAACUUUGGUUAUAUAGUGGCCUUCAAGCCAUUUGGUGAGAAAGAAUGGAGAAGAGUUACAGUUACUAAUCCUGAAAUUGGCCGAUAUGUCCACAAGGAUGAAUCAAUGCCACCUUCAACUCAGUAUCAAGUAAAAGUGAAAGCAUUUAACAACAAAGGGGAUGGGCCAUUCAGUCUCACUGCUGUCAUUUAUUCAGCACAAGACGCUCCAACUGAAGUACCUACAGAUGUGAGCGUAAAAGUUUUGUCAUCUUCUGAAAUGUCUGUUUCUUGGCACCAUGUUUCUGAUAAAUCUGUGGAAGGAUAUCAGAUUCGUUACUGGGCUGCUCAUGAUAAAGAAGCAGCUGCACAGCGGGUACAGGUGAGCAAUCAAGAGUAUUCAACCAAACUGGAAAACCUGAAGCCUAACACUCGCUACCAUGUAGAUGUGUCUGCCUUCAAUAGUGCAGGCUAUGGACCUCCCAGCAGCACCAUUGAUGUUGUUACCAGGAAAGCACCUCCAAGCCAGCGUCCAAGAAUUAUCAGUUCUGUAAGAUCUGGUUCAAGGUACAUCAUCACCUGGGAUCAUGUGAAGGCAAUGUCAAACGAGUCUGCUGUUGAAGGAUACAAAGUACUUUAUAGGCCAGAUGGACAGCAUGAAGGCAAGUUGUUUUCCACUGGAAAGCACACAAUAGAGGUCCCAGUCCCCAGCGAUGGUGAAUAUGUUGUUGAGGUGCGAGCACACAGUGAAGGAGGUGAUGGAGAAGUAGCCCAAAUAAAAAUUUCAGGUGCCGCUGUUGGAGUACCAACUCUGCUCCUGGUCCUAGUGGUGCCUGCCCUGGGUGUUCUUGCCUGCUCGGGAUUCUGAAUGUAGCUGGAUUCACUUUGUCCUCCACCUAACACAAAGGACUCCCUAUGAAGAUGAGGACCACGAUUCUUUUUGAUUCCUGUGGCACCAUCCUAAGCCAAAUAAAUUACACUUUAAAAAGAAUUUCCCUACCGAUUUCCUAUGAACUUUAAGAGGACUGAGGCAUCCAGGAACUCCUUCAUGAAGUAAAUCAACUUUUGAAUGGCUAAGAAAUAUUUUUAACUUGUUCCAAUAUGCCUUAUAAAACACUUAUGCUGAUCUGUGACAGUUGCAUGAUUCGGUCCAAUGGGGCAAGUUACAGUGUUAAAACCCAAUAACAUAGGCUGUACAGUGAAAGUAAAAUCACCAUACGUAGGUGCUUUAACUUGAAUAACAAAUUGUGAAAUAUAAUAGAGAUUGAAAUGUUGAUUGUAUGUGAUAAAUGUAAGAGUACUACGUCUGUCUGUACUAUCCUAUAUGUUUCGUGUACUGCAUAUUUUUGAAUAGCCCCGUCAUCAUUUAAUGGGAUUACUGGUUUUUAGAGAGACAGUCAAAGCAAAAACAUUUCAUUACUUAGAGCUAUAUUUCUUGAGGUUAUUGGAUAGAAUUUGAAGGAAUUUAAAUAAAAGUCAGUGAUAAGGAUUUU